AUGUCGGAACUCAAGAACAUCAUGAUCUUUGGCGCGGGUGGGAGCAACAUCGGUCGCUUCAUCAUGGACGCCUUCAUCGAAGAGGGCGGCUUCAACGUUUCUACCCUCUCUCGCAAGAGCUCUCAAUCGACCUACCCAGGCUCGGUCAAGAACGUCCGCGUCGAUGACGAUCUACCUCACGAUCAGCUCGUGGCAGCGAUGAAGGGUCAGGACGUCGUGAUCUCAGCUGUCGGUCUUCGAGGCGGCGCCUUGCCACUCCAGAUCCAAGUCAUUGACGCGGCCGUCGAAGCUGGUGUCAAGAGAUUCCUCCCAUCAGAGUAUGGAUUCGACAACAUGGACGAGAAAACGGCGUGGCUUGUUCCAGCUUUCAAAAUCAAGCAGAAUGUAGAACAUCAUCUGAAUGCAAAGGCCAGGGAGAAUCCAAGCUUCAGCUGGACUGCUGUCGCUACGAGUAUCUGGCUUGAGUGGGCCCUCGACGUCGUCUUCAUCGGCAUCGACACCGUCAAGCACGACGUUGCCUACUGGGAUAAUGGCACGCACACUCCAACCGUCUCCACGCUCCCCUACUCCGCCCUCGGCGUAGUCGAAAGCAUCAAACACGCCUCCGAAACCAGGAACAAACGCAUCUUCCUCAACCCUCUGACCGCCUCGCAGCGCGAAAUCGUCGCCGAGCUCGAGAAGCAGCAAGGCGUCAAAUACACCGAGCUGGAGCCCGUCGUUGGCACGAAAGCUAUCGAGGAGGCGCAUAAGAAAUGGGCGGAUUCUGGCGAGACGGAUAUCCCUGCAGUGCUUACGACUGUUACGGCGCAGAUUCUGGUGGAGGAGUAUGGCACGGAUUUUGCAAAGGCGGGUAAAGGGCCGAUUUUGGAGGAUUUUGUGAAGAUGCCAAAAAUUACUUUGCCGGAGGCGGUGGCUCUGUACAUUAAGCAGCAGAAGGAGAGGAAGUAG